AUGAAGCUCUCUUCAAUUGCCCUCCUCGCGCUCGCGACGGCUGUUGUUGCUCAGGAGUCGAGCUCUACAACGACCAAAACCAAGACCACGGACGCGUCGACUAAGACUGGCAAGAAUUCCAGAGGUACGACAACCGCGGCCGCAAACAAUGCCACCGAUCCCGUGGCUGGCGGCUCAGACUCCGGGAAGGGCAACUCGACGGCGACCACGACCGCACCUGGCGGCGGCAAGAAAACCGCUACGACCAGCCAGGCCAGUGCCACAUCAUCUGCAUCGGGAACGGGCACUGUCUCGGUCAAUGGCGGCGAUGGCUUGUUCAGUCCUGGGAUGGGAAGCGUCCUCACAAUCGCUGGUCUCGGGGUCACAUUCACUCUAUUUAUGUGA